UUUCUGUGUGGUAGACUUCUGAAUGAGCUGAAGCAGGUAUCAGUUAAAAAUACAUUUUGUGACGAAAGUUUCUUCCCGCGCAGUGAAUAUUUAUAAAAAAAUAGUGACCUAAUAAGUGAAACAAAUACAUGAGAAUUUCGUUAGGCUGUUGUGUAUUGCAAAACGAUUACAGUAAUAUAUGAAAUAUAAGAUUUGAUGGAUCUACUUCCAAUGAUAAGAAAGACAUGGCCUUAAUUCACGUCUGACCUGGGGAGAGAUUGGUUAUGCUCAGUGGAAACCACGCUAAAGGCAAAAACGAAAAUCUAAAAAGGCUGAUUAUCAGGAUCUCAGAAUGGAAUCUGGAAAUACAACUACAUCAACUCCACCAGUUCCACCAUCCACAACAUCUAGCAUAAGAUUUGACGCAUCUUAUGCCUUCAGUAUAGGAGGAAUACUUAAAGUAUUACAGAUAAUUAUUAGUUUAAUGGGUUUUAUAUUUAUACAAGCAAGUGAAGGAUACACCGAAUUGUCUCGAGCCGUAUAUUACUGUUUUGUCUCGGGCGCAGCGUUAUGUAUUACCAGUAUAUUACUACUGCUACACUUCGUGCGUAUCAUUGAAGCGACAAUGAGUAAGAUCCCAUGGUUUAAAAUUGAACUUGGCUACUGUCUAUUGUGGAUAUUGUUUUACCUUAUUGCUGGCUUUGUAACCAUAGGAUUAAUUAAUGGAUAUUUCAACACUGCCGGGUAUUUUGCCUUUGCUGCCGUGGCUGCAUAUGCACUGGAAGCUUUUUAUAGCAUCUGUAGAAUUACAAUCAGGAGUGCUUAAGACUUGGUACAAAAUCAUGAAAAUUAGAAAUCUACUGUGAGUAGCUAAGGGGUGACCCCAAAUUAAUUUAUUCAAUGCGACAUUGUGGAAUGAGUUUCCAAAUGACUGAAUAUAGUAAAAAAGUAAUACAUAUAUGAAGAUAUAUGGAACACUAAAUGAUUGCCGAUAUAGUAUCCACUGCUUUUAAAGAAAGGAGAUAAUGACACGUGCAAUAAGAUAUUUAAUAAUAUAGUAAAGUUUAUAGGGUAACUGUGUUGUUAUUAAAGUCAUUUAAUUAAUGUUGUACUAUAAAGAGAAUAAAAUAUAUUAUAAUAUUCCUGCUGAUUUAAGUGUAAAAAUGAGAAUAAAAUUUCAUUUUCAUUAA